AUGUUGCAGCAAUACCCAGGGAGAGGCGUCGGUCCAGUAGAGCCAUCAGUGGGAGGUCAGUCUUCCCAUGCAUAUUUAUCGAAGCAGGUGAUACAGAAUCACCCUUUGCAGCCUGACAUGUUUCCAGCAUCUGAGAUGUUGUCCUCAGCUCAGGUUGGAUUCCAGAUGCCCCAGGACCACCCCGUAAUGUCAGUGCCGGGACCAAUGGCGGUAGAUCCGAGGCCGACAGCAAUACCCUAUACCGUCAUGCCUCAAGAGCAGUCAGCAACGGUGUUGCUGAACGCUCCUCUUCAGAACCAGUUGGAGCACGGUCUCACUCAGACGAUGGGUCCCUCCUCGGACAUGGGUAUUCAUCCCAUGGUGCAGCCAGUUUUGCCUGGCCAAACCGCGUUUGGCGUUCCAGAUCUACUUCCUGUUGGACAGUUUGUGGUUAGGCCUGAUAUGCUGGAACAGUAUUUGGCUGUUGGCAAUGUGUGCCGUGAGAUUGGAAGACUCGACCUCGCUGCCAGUACCUUCCGCGCGUGCAUGACGAUUAGCCCAGAUUCCAUGGAGGCUCGAGCUGCAUACAACGCCUGUUACUACAGUCAGUCUUUCUUCGAACCCUCCAUGGAAAUCGGCACUGUUUUCCCAGAGGACACCUUCAACGACGUAGGGAAUGCGUUGCGCUCUCUCGGUCACACAAGUGAGGCUGAAUGUGCGUAUAGAGCUGCUUUGAAGAUUGCGCCUCGCCAUGCGCAUGCCUGGAAUAACCUAGGCAACGCCAUGCGGGCGAAAGGUCAAAUCAUGGAAGCAAUGCAAUGCUACACUUCAUCGCUUACUUCGCAGCCUGGUUUUGCCGCAGCACACUGCAACCUCGCUGGGUUGUUGCGUGAUCAAGGGAAGCCUCAAGAAGCAGAGGCACAAUACAGAGCUGCCAUCAUGUCCAGUCCAAACCUGCCUGAGGCUGCUGCUGGUCUUGGCACUGCAUUGCGAGACAUGGGUCGUACAGAGGAAGCUGUUUCAUUUUACGUCAGAGCCGUCAGCUUGCAACCAGGUGCUGCGGACCAUCAUGCAAACCUGGCAAAUACAUACAAGGACCUGAAUCGCAUAGAGGAGUCGAUUAUGAGCUAUCAAGCAGCACUGUGCUUGCAACCAGACCUACCUGAUGCAUUUUGCAACAUGGUUCAUUCACUCAGCGUUAUUUGUGAUUGGAGGCAAAGAGAGCAAAACUUUGCCACGCUGCUCGCUAUUGUCGACCGGCAGUUAGACACUCUGCUUCAUCACCCAGCCACGAACCCCCGAUUGUACAGCGCACUUGCAGGUGCACUACCCAACUCUACGCCGCAAUUGGUCGAUGUCUGCGGUGGAUCGAGGUCAGAACGGGAUGGAGCCUCUGUAUCAGCCAGCACCACAAGAGAUGAAGACUGCACCGAAAGAACACCACGACGCAAGUUCAUUCAUCACCCAUCAUCUCCGACUGUGGUACGGAAAGCUCGAAUGCGCGGAGAGUUUGCAAAGUUUAUGACGAAUUCCCCAGCUGUCGUCGCCCCUGUGCUGGCAAGCGGCCUGCCAAGCGUCCAACCAUUCCAUGCUCUUAUUUAUCCUAUGAGCCCAGAAAAGUUUCGAGCAUUGUCCGCUGCAUAUGCAACUCGUGCAGAGUCGAUGGUGGCCGGUAUUCUCCAAGUGAGGCAGAAAUGGACCGUACCGAAAGGGUCGCGGCCAAGGCUGAAAGUCGGUUACGUGUCCUCUGAUUACAAUAACCACCCUUACAGUCACUUGACUCAGAGUAUUUACGGUUUGCACGGAAACGGUGGUAAUGUGGAAUGUUACUGUUACGCAUUAACCGCAUCGGAUCAAUCGGCUUGGCGCUUGCGAAUUGAGAGAGAAUCAGAGCACUUUAGAGACAUCUCGAAUAUGAGUGCAAAGCAGUCUGCCGAGACAAUUGCGAAUGACGGAAUCCACGUUCUCGUGAACUGCAAUGGUUAUACAAAAGGGGCCCGCACAGAACUCUUCGCUUUGAGGCCAGCACCAGUUCAGGUUUCGUUUAUGGGCUUUCCAGGAACAUUAGGGGCGCACUACAUCGAAUAUUUCAUUACUGACACAGUGACUUCACCACCGGAGAUGGCUUCGCGAAUGCACUCGGAAGCUUUGCUGUACCAUCCACAUAGCUACUUUGUCAAUGACCAUCGUCAGACGAGUAUUCCGGGGCCGGCCGCACACCCAUCUGGUCGUCUCACAAGGGCUCAUUACGGUUUGCCGGAGGACUGCUUCUUAUUUCUGAUGCACAAUCAGUUGUACAAACUAUCACCUGACACAUUCGACGUAUGGGCACGAAUACUGAAGCGCGUCCCAGGUUCGAAGCUCUGGCUGCUUCGGUUUCCACCCUCUGGGGAGCGAAGAAUACGAGCAGAGGCUGCCGCUCGAGGCUUAGGGCCCGAGCGGCUCAUAUUCACAGACGUUGCUGGGAAGGAAGAGCAUGUCGCGAGAGCGGGGCUUGGUGACUUGUUUUUGGAUACACCCACGUGCAACGCUCACACGAUUGGGACGGAUGUGCUUUGGUCAGGUGUACCAAUGAUCACAUGCCCGGGAUCACUGUUCGCUUCACGAGUAGCGGCGAGUUUACUGACAGCCGCUGGGGUCCCUGAAUUGAUCGCCUCUGACAUGAACGCGUACGAAGAUUUAGCUGUAGACCUGGCAACGAACAGACCCAAGCUCCAGGCCAUUCGAGCCAGAAUCGAGAACUCAAGAAGCUCCAACCCACUCUUCGACACGGCAAGAUGGGUGAGAAACGUGGAAGGUUUGUACUGGGGCGCCUGGAAGAAUUUCCAGGCCGGAAACGCACCAACUCAUAUUUUUGGAAAAGAUGUGUAUGAUGGGACUACUAUGGGGCAACGGCCAGCUCUAGUCGAGAGUCAUUAUUCAACGACGGACUCUCGCAUAUCGGAAUCAUUGUUACCGAGCUACGGACGGUUCUAUAGUUCAACAGUUGCCACUUAGUGUGCCAGAGGGCAUCACCCAUAUUAUUACCCCACGAUACCAACAAAACAACAAAAAGUAGAUAGAAGAAGUAGCGUAGAUAUAGGUAUUUCCCGGUUUUGGAAAAAUAUUAAGAGGCAAGAACUUGCCAAUGUAUAAUGCAAGUCGGCAUCUGCCGUCGCCUGCUCUCUUACACAGUCCGUCGGCUCUCGAAAUUACUCAGCAGAAGACCCGAGUUGAUCUCCACUUCGAUUAGCAAUCAAUCAUGGGUGUAACUCCACCUCGACUCGCGUGCAAACUGACCUCAAACGAUGUUUGCGAGACCCACCACAGAAGUAAGCUUUGCUCCAUGCCGAGUGCGUUACGAGGAUGCCGAGUCCAGAUAUGGAAUUAGCCUGUGCGUGCCUGCAGUGAUACACAGACGUCUUGCUAGAGGCCAUAAAAGUGCAGGGAUGAUAAAAAGCCUUACCAUAGAAA